AUUUGAAGAAUUAAUUUAUAUAUUUUUUCCUUUCUGUUUCCAUGUUUAUAUGUUUAUUCUAGUUUUGCUAGUGAAAUGAAUAAUUUUAUUCCACAAUGAAUGUUAGUCACUUGAUCCGUCGCCGUGGCAAUGAUGAAAGCUCUGAAGAAGAAUGUGAAAGCCUUACUACCAGCAAUUUCAAAGGGAAAUAUUCUUUGGUCCCUGGUGCUACAAAGCAGGCUCACUCUACACCAAACUUGAUAGCAAAUGACACACACAAAACUCCAGAGUUUGCCAGUACUGGGAGACUGCCUCAACCUGCGAUAUCUGAAGUGAAACCCCUCAUACCCAAGAUCAUUUGUCAUUCUGCUGAAUCUGAGGCAUUUUCAGCCAUCCAUCCUGAUGUAUCCACUGCCUCAAACAUCAGCUCAAGACCCUGCAACUUCAACACCAGUUCAGUAUCUUUACAACAAAAUCAUACAAAUGUGUUUGACUCAGUUCCUCAGCGCUGUGUGUCUUUUGGUGAAGCUAUCCCUGAAGCAACCUCUCCCUCAGACUCACCACCUUCUCGUCCUCAUUCAGGCUCUUGGACAGGUGUGAAUGAGAGUGAAGAUGAGCUGGGCCAGCUGGCAGAGAGCCCAUUGAGUGAGUCCCUGAACAUAGGAGGCAGUGUGGACUAUGGCUCCCUGGCUGACAGCAGCAUUACUUGUCCUACAACUUCUCAGGAGCAAUACCUGCAAGACAGAGAACAUCAGGCUGGCAAGAUGAGGCGGCAACUCAAAUUUUUUUUCAUGAAUCCUGUGGAGAAGUGGCAUGCCAGACAUCGUUUCCCAUGGAAACUUUUACUGCAAGUCUUCAAAAUAAUCGUAGUUACUAUUCAGUUGUGGCUGUUUGCAGCUCAGCGGUACCUGCAUGUGGCAUAUCUAUGGGACACGCGCGUGUCUUUCUCACACAUGUUCCUGCUGGGGUGGGAGAGCACCAGGGAGGUGCUGGCCUACCCGCCCUCUGAUGGACCUCUCGCCGUCUACACCAGACAGGAAUUUUACGACUACAUCGACUUCGCCGUCGUCGCCUAUACAAAUCUGAGCGACAUCUCGAUUGGGUCGUAUGAGUAUCACAGUGCAAACGACACGGUAAUGCCAUCACACUUCUGCUGUGAGCACUACACUGAAUCUUUCGCCCGCCACCUCACUGAAUGCAUUGACAUUCCGUGGGCGGCUGUGAGAGCUGCAAAAGUUUGGUCAGCGCUCGACUUCUUUGACUCUCGCAACUUCACCGUAGCCUUCGACACGCUCCUUAAUUGCCAGUAUUUCUUCAAAGUCAAGGCAGUCAAACUACGCUCAGAACCUUCGUCUCUCGCCCCGGACUGUUACAACCUCACCACAACCUUGGUGUUCGACAACGACGACCGGGACGGCCAGAUGUUGGUGGGCCUGAACAUCGAAGCUACGGUGUUGUCCUGCCACAGCGACGAUGACAACCACACUCCCCAGCCUGAGGCAACCACCAUCAACAUCCUCACCAUGAUCAUGUGCUGCCUCUCCCUGCUUAUGUGCUGCCGCUCUCUGUACCGAGCACAGCUACUUAGAUACUCGUGCGUGACGUUCUUCCACACGUACUACCGCAAGACGCUCAGCAAGUGGGAUGAGCUGGAGUUCUGCAACUUCUGGUACGUUCUCAUCUGCAUCAACGACAUCCUCAUCAUCAUCGGAACUCUCCUCAAACUCGGGCUCGAAAGCAGGAUGCUCGGCGACACCACCGCACAGGUGCUGCGUGUCAACAAGUCUGAAUUUGUUAAAGGAAACCAAUUCAACCACGAAGGCUACAUGGACACGUGGAACAUCUGCUCUCUCUUCCUCGGUGUAGGCAACCUGCUCGUGUGGUUUGGCUGCCUCAGAUACCUCGGCUUCUUCCAGACCUACAACGUGCUGAUCCUGACGCUGAAGAAGUGCCUGCCCAACGUGCUGCGCUACUCCAUAUGCAUCACGAUGCUCUUCGCGGGCUACUGUCUCUGUGGCUGGCUCAUCCUCAGUCCCUACCACAUCAAGUUUCGGUCGCUGUCGACGACGAUGGAGUGCCUGUAUUCCCUGAUCAACGGAGACGACAUGUUCGCCACGUUCUCGUCUACGUCAGCUAAGGACCCGGUGAUCUGGUGGUUCAGUAGGAUCUACCUCUACUCCUUCAUAUCCCUCUUCGUCUACGUCAUCCUAUCCCUCUUCCUUGCCAUCAUCAUGGAUGCCUACGACACAAUUAAGAGAUACUAUGCAGAAGGCUUCCCCAAGUCGCCGCUGCAGAAGUUCGUAGAGGAGUGCCAGGAGGACGCGACGAGUCACGUCUUCAGGGAAGAGGGCGACCGCACCAUCCACGACCUCGUCAACAGCGUCUGCUGCUGCUGCCUCUCGCGCUCAUCUGCUGCCAGGAGAGAUUCGACUGCGGAAGAGCGGGAGCCGCUGAUCCCUUGACGCUGAAGUCUGCCAGGAAACUACGAGAACUGCUACCGCUCAGCCAAGAUCUCGCCUUCUACUCUACGUUGAAUAGAACGUCGUUUGCCUUAAUCUAUCAUCAUAUUCAACAUCAUUUUAUAAUCGUGUAUCUAGUUAGUAAUUGUAUUCUAAAUGGGAGGUCACCUCAACUAUGGUACUCAAGUGCUUCAAGGUCGUAGUUUCCAAUUUCUUUAGUUUCAAAGGAUUAUUCCACUCAAAUGACAUGCAAGCACGCACUACACGGCUGUGUUCUCUUUUACUUUGGCAGUGUUUACCUCACUACUGAACAUGUGGCCCGUAAAGUCAGUAAACGCAACCGUCCUCCGAGAACCGCACUUGCUACCCUCCGUUUUUAAGAAUGGUCUGGAAAUCAACCUCCCUUAUUGCGAAGCCCAAGAUAAAUCAAUUAUGGUUUUUACUAAUUUACUAGGAUGCAUCAGUGUUAAAGUGUAAUUCUCUUGCUGCAGUGGUAAUCAAUGACUGGUUUUUAAGUACUUAAAAUCUCAGACGGUUAUAACCUGAAGAUUUAUGUGCUAUUCGUUGCUUAUAUUCCCCGACAUGACAGGUUGCUUUAUCGUCAACGUGGCCUUGCAGAUUGCUUUAAGUUUUUUAAACGCGUAUUUCUUUCAGGUAUGCGAAAUAUCUUACUAUAUUAAAUUUUACGAAGCAGUUUUAAUCUCAUUUUAGAUAUAUUAAUCCGAACGGAUUACAGUCUCUGUGUCGACGAGAUUUUUUUAUAUGAUCCCUAUUUAACGUAAGAACUGUAAGUAUAUAGAUACAUUCAAUCAUCUACAAUAUUUUAGGUCUUUGUCUUCAAUAGUUCAUCAAAUGGCAAUUGCAUCAAAAUUUAAGAAGUAUCAUAGCGUUCAUUAGGAGUUCAUAGCACAAAGCUAAGCUUGUGUGAACCACCUACUUAAAUUCCUGUUCAUUUUAUGAGCUUCUUAUUAAUGUACGAAGCGCUUUUCUCAGGGAACCCAGGUCCGCUAAAAUUGUACAGCAUUACAAACCAUGUUUUACAGCAGGUGCUUCGUCGUCUGAGUGUUCUCCAGCUCAGUAAUUACGACGCAUCCCUCAGACAUGAACUGAUGUCCAAACGUGAUACUUGCAGCAGCCAUUGCCAUAAUUUAUAUUCAUAUUUAUUUGUCUUCUUAUACGCACAUUCAUGUAUUUUUUCAAUAAUUUUUUUACUAAGAUGAGUAUCCAACUUUUGGUUCUGAUUGCCUCCUAGCCCGUGCGUCAGUGAACAAUAUAUAGUCAGUGUUGGUCACACAUCAUUGACCACGGCGUCAGUCAGCGGGGCCAUGGACUCCACUUGUUUCAUCAUCAGUCGGAAACUGAUAUAUAGGGAAAUAUAUAGGAUAUAUAGGAAACUUACAGGAACUUUGCGGUUUCCGACAUGCCAUUUUAUGUCACACGAGAAGUGCUUGGCGUGAGCACAAAUGAUCACUGUCUGUAAUCUAAGUUUUAUUAGUUAUUUUGCAUUAAUGUAAUCGAUCCAAAAAUAUUAUUUGCUUUAAAAAUUAUCUACAUGUUAUUCUUGGAUAUACAUGCUUGCAACAUAGAGGUUUAUUCUGAUAUAUUUAUGGUGGUUAGCCUAUGAAAAUGGGGCUUUAAAUUUGUAUGACAAAUGAAAGUGAUUUCGUAGCUAAAAAUUAUAUGAAACUUUAUUAGUUCGCAUAUUGAAACUGAGUAUUCCAAAAUAAUUAUGUAACAAGACAGUAUUUUGCUCUAAGCUGAUCAUUUAGGUGUAAGCUGAUCCAGGAUGAUCAUUUUUCCGGGUAAAAUAUAUUUUUUAAUAAACUACGGAUUUAGAUCCUCCUCAGAUUUAGUUUUUUAGUUGUAUCUGGCUUCAAUAAGCUGCAUCUUCUGUACUCUUAAUGGAACAGUAUUGUAGGAAACAAAAACAUGACUUGCUCAAUUUUGUUGUGAUUUGUGUGGCUUUAUGAUGUCUAUUACACCAUGGAACUCUCGGUGCUAUCAAAUCUCUUCGUUGUUGCUUACAACGAAACUACAAAUAUCUUGUUUGUUUCAUUUCUAUGGCAGGUUAACUCGGCUGUUUUGUGCGCGUCUUAUGGAUAAUCAUCCCCAUUGGGCCUUGUCGUCAGGGUUUAUUAUGAGCGCAACCGAUGUAUAAUUAAUAGUUUGAUCUUUUCUUUGAUGUCCUUUGAGUUGAGAAGUCCACGCAAGUUAAUGAAGAUGCUACUUGUUAACUAUGCUACGAGUGACCAUUACGUUGUAGGACGUUAUAUGCAUUGCGUCACUCAUUAUCGUUCAUCACAAUCCUUGAUGAGCUCGUGGCUUUCUUGCAAUUUUUUUUUAUAUUAUUGCCCUCCAGGAUUGUGGUUUCUCCAGCCAUAGCUGAUAUCGUGACAUACACCAAUAACGGAUAUUCUACGUUAAUAUUGCUAGGUCUUAUUUACGUCGGUACUGAGAACACUGAUAGAGGAUGGUAAUUGCGUGAAUGUUAAAGGUAUAGCAAGAUCCUUUUUGCAAUUUUCUUGGAUAUUUGUGAUACAGCCGACGUCAGUCCAGGGUUAUAAGAGGAAUUAUUGAUGUAUUUAUAAAUAGCUCCGGACUAUAAUUGCAUCACAGCGAUGCAUAUUGUUUACAGAGAGAUUUGUAAUUACACUGCAUUGAACUGUUUGCUCGGGACAUUUCAUGUAUGGCUUCUUUUUGAAUGGUUGGAAAAGAUGUCUUCCACAUAGGUUAUAGCGAAUAAAAUGGAUCUUUAUUUCAAAAUUCUUUACUCCACCUAUAUUUUUUUUACGUGAACGCGUGCCAUUUAACAUGAACUCCCUAAUAAGAUUUUUCAAGUGAACUUUUUUCAGAGUAGCCAAAAAGGCACUGGAAAUAAGUUUAUUCUUCAUUUGCCACCACCUGUCUUCUGAGAUCCUGACGCUACUCUUAUUCCCGUCAUUGCGUUGGCCAUCGCGCGCGUAAUGAAUGACAUUCAAGAAAUAUUUAAUGGUCUAAGUUUGGCCACCUUGUUCGUGAUGAUGUUUUCCUUUCAACACGAGGUAGCUUGUUCUUAUUUGCUAUUUACCUUUAAUCCUGCUAUAAUUAUAUUAAGUUUUUUUAAUGUAAAUGCAGUCUUGAGUGCUGCUCAAGCUUGGUCUUGCGGACCAGUCAGCCUAAAACCUAAUUUAGUCAAUAAUAUAUUGUUUAUUGUAUGCUUAUUGUAGGUCAUUUAUGUAUUGCUUCCAACAUGCAGUACGCUAUUUCUAUGAGUGAAUGCAGUAUUUUGAGGAUGGAAUAAAAAUAUAAAUCACAUAGUUUCUGGACCGCUUCCCGUGAAAAAUUGCGAAAUAGGCUGCAGUUUAAAUGUAACGUCCAUUCGGUGUUUCUUAGUUGCAUGAUUAUUUAUUCAAUAAAAUUGUAAUCAAAUGAA